AACUAGUAUACGCCACCAAAGAUGUCAGAUCCCAGCUCAAUUAAUGGAGGUUCUGCCGUGGCCAUGGUCGGAAAAGACUGUGUGGCUAUUGCCUGUGAUUUAAGAUUAGGAUCCCAGUCAUUGGGAUUGGCCAACAACUUCGAGAAGAUUUUCACCAUCAACGACAAGGUGAUGUUGGGGUUGACGGGGUUAGCCACCGAUGUGACCACUUUGAACGAAGUGUUCAGAUUCAAAAAUAACUUGUACGAGUUGAGAGAAGAACGUAAGAUCGAACCUCAGACGUUUGCCAACUUGGUGAGCUCCACAUUAUACGAAAAGCGGUUCGGGCCUUACUUCUGUGGUCCGGUGGUGGCCGGCUUAAACAAGGAGAACAAACCGUUCAUUUGUGGAUUUGAUCUUAUUGGGUGUAUCGACUUUGCCAAAGACUUUAUAGUGUCUGGAACUGCCUCCGAGCAGUUGUACGGGAUGUGCGAGUCGUUGUAUGAACCCAACUUGGAGGCUGACGACUUGUUUGAAACCAUCAGUCAGGCAUUGUUGAAUGCUGCUGAUAGAGAUACCAUGUCGGGAUGGGGGGCCGUGGUUUACGUGGUGACCAAAGAUAGUGUCACCAAGCGGGUGUUGAAAACCCGGCAAGAUUAGCUCAUUGGUGUUAGAUAUAUUUAAUGAACGAAAAGAAAGCAUAGUAACCUCUAUAUACAUGGGUGGUGAGGUGGGUUAUUUGUUGGAUCCUUCUUGUUCCAUCUGUUUUUCAAUCACCUUCUUCAAGUAGUUGUUCUUCCCGUACAACUCUUCUUCCCGAGCCUUUCGGCGCUGCUCGACCUCCUUUUGCCGGAGCUUAGACUGUCUAAUUCUGUCGUUGGCAUUGUUGACUCGGGUGUGAUGAAGACAUUUGUCAAGCUCAUCCUUUUCGAAGUUACACAUACCCAACGCCUUCUUCAUGAACUCCUGGCGGUGGCACUCUUCCAAGGCGUCCAUGAGCGCUAUACACGGGUCGAACCGGACCUUGUCCAACUGAGGAUGCAUUUUGAGAUGUCAGUGGAGUGAUUUC